GCCCCUCCCGGCGCGGUGCGGGGGCUGUGCGGGGAGGCCCGGCGGUCGGUGGCGGGCGGUGUUUGCAUAUCAGUGUGCCCUGCAUAUCAGUGCGUACUGCGUAUCAGUGGCCGCAGCUGUGCCGGGAGCGAUGUCCGUGUCUUCAGCUGGCCGGGGAGCGAUGGCGCGGCUGCUGCUCCUGUGCGCCGCAUCGGCUCUGCUGCUGGCGGCCGUCGCGGCUAUCCCGCCGCCUGAGGAGGCGGCGCGCAUGGCGCGCUUCGUGCUGCACAGCUGCGACUGGGGCGCGCUGGCCACGCUGUCGGUGCAGGAGGGGCUGCGCGGCCGCCCCUUCGCCAACAUCUUYUCCCUCAGCGACGGCCCGCCCGGGCCCCGUGGCGGCAGCGGCGUCCCCUACCUGUACCUGACCGACAUGGAGAUCUCCGUGCAGGACCUGGAGGUCAACUCAAAUGCCUCCUUGACUGUGUCUUUGGCACAGACUCCUUACUGCAAGAAGCACGGAUAUGACCCCCAGAAUCCCCUCUGUGCCCACAUAAUCUUCGUUGGGAGCAUUGUGAAGGUGAAUGAUUCAGAAGCAGGCUUAGCAAAAAAAGCAUUGUUCAGUCGCCACCCUGAAAUGGAAAGUUGGCCUAAGGAUCAUAAUUGGUUCUUUGCCAAAUUCAACAUCACCAAUAUUUGGGUCCUGGACUACUUCGGUGGAUUGAAGAUUGUGACACCAGAAGAGUAUUACAGUGUCAAGCCUUAGUGGAAGAAGAUCCUUGGUGAUGCUGACGUGGAAAUGAAUGACUUUUGCUGUUUCAUGAAAGAUUUAUUUUUUCUAUGUACUGUAGAGUUGAAUUAAUAAUACAAUAAAUCAAGCACCUUGCAUUGUAAUGAGCAUGUAUUACCCUUAUGAAGCUGAUUUAACUUCUCACUAAAUUGAAUCUUGUCACACUGAAAAACCUUUGUGCAUAAGCAGUAAAUUUUAUUCAUUGGAUGUGAAUUUGGAAAGGUGUCUGACAGUGUGCAUUCAUAAAUGUUGUGGUUACUGGAAUUUAAAGGAUUAGUCCAGUCCUAAAACUUUCAGUGCCUUAGUUAAAWAAUAUGUUUCUGAGCACUUUCCAAUAUUAUUUUUAAUACCAGUUAAGUUUAGAAUUUUAUGACAAAAGUCCUACAGGAGGGCUCAGUGGAAUGGAAARCAUUGCUUACAUUAGAGUGGCAAAUGACGUGCUGAGCUCCUAAAUUCCUGUUAAGAAUUUUCUUUGCACACUGAUAAAUGCACUUGUUUGAGCCAUUUUCCUGUUUUACUGCUUAUAUUGAAUGUGCUGUAGAAUGCAGUUGUGUUCAUGCCAACUGUAGCUGUACCUCAGGAUAAGUUCUUGGUGAUUCCUCAGCUGACUAUGUGCCCUGACUCUGUAAUAGAAGCAGGUUAGUGCUACCUGAAGUGUUUGACUUGAGUGUAAGAAGAGUAGUGGCUYGUCAAUGCAGUCAGCAUGUUGUGAAGGGUAAAUGYUUCCUGAUUGGGAUUCUGAAAUCCUCAGCUUUGUUAGUCUGMUCAAAUGGCAAUUUAUCAGCUUUUAUUACCUGCAGCAGUAGAACUGAGCAGAUUUGGGGGKUUGGAAGCCUUACAGAGCAAUUUUGAAUUAGUAACCCAGAAAUUAAAAAUAAGCAAUACAGUAUGACACAAAUGAUUCAUGAUUUGUAGGGAAUUAAAAUUAAUGGAAGGUGUGCAUUAGUUCUGUGYUUAAGUUGCACACAACCACAAAAACCAUCUUAUUGCAUCCUCUCCAAUCUGUGUGCUAAGUUCACAAAUACURAAAAGUGUUUAUGAAGAAAUAAGUUGAUUUUACAGAGAACAAAUAAUACUACAAAUAAUACUACCUAGUUGACCUAGAGUAAAGAAUUUAGACUCCUUAGGGGAGAUUGAUAUGUAGAACAGUGGGAUUUCUCAUGUAGAAUCUCURUCUAMUAAUUUUGUUGUUAUAUCACUCCUUUUCUCAAAUACUGGGAUAAUUUGUGACAGUAUUUUUUAUGUAACUUAUUAAGAUUUCCUUCUCCACAAGGGGAGGAARGGUACUUAGUACUGUUCUACUAUUUUAAAAUUAGUUUAGGAUCAAAAAAAACUUACUAUAUAGAAGUAAUUUAUGUUGAAUAGAUAACACUGAUAUUUAAUAUGAAAUUGAAAAMUAUUUUUAUAUAAGGUAUGACAGUUGUGAAAACUCAAAUGAGUCUCUGACAUGGACUCAAUCCUUUCUGUGAGGACACCUGAAUGCAUUACAUCUCACCCUAUAACUUCUGGUGUGUUGGACUGAUGAUGCUGGGCUUUUGUUAAAAUUAAAAUAUUUUUUGACAA